AUGCAUACCCGCUCCGCUAUCGAUCAGGGAAACGGUGGGAAUAGACCGUCGGGGGGAGGGGGGCUACCCGGCGGUGUUGCCAACGGAAAGCAGCUCGACAUCCGCAAGGAAGUGUCCGACAUCUUCGGGCACGCCAAGUUCAGGACUGGGCAGGAGGAAGUCAUCGUGGACGCGAUGAAAGGGAAAGACGUGUUUGUGCUGAUGCCCACGGGCGGCGGGAAGAGCCUCUGCUACCAGCUACCGGCGUGCUGCUGCCCGGGGCUAGCGGUCGUGUUCUCCCCCCUCAUCUCACUCGUACAGGACCAGGUCCGGGUGGUGAUGGACCAGCUGUACCGCCUGCAAGACUACGGGGGGCUCAAGCUCCUCUACAUUACGCCAGAGAAGUUCUGCCGAAGCCCGUCUAUGAACAAAGCGCUGCAGCGCCUGCACUCCAAGGGGCUCCUUUCUCGUUUCGUCAUCGACGAAGCACACUGCGUCAGCGAUUGGGGCCACGACUUCCGACCGGACUACCUGAAGCUGGGCAUACUCCGGAAGGACUUCCCGGACGUUCCCAUCAUGGCCCUCACCGCCACGGCAAACACGGUGGUCAGAGACGACACCAUCAGGCGGCUUCAGCUCAGAAACCCAACCGUACGCACCGAGAGCUUCAACAGGCCCAACCUGAAGUACGAGAUCAGGCCCAAGAAGGCCGGCGUUCUCGAUGAGAUCGCGAAGGUGAUGCAGAGCUUCCCCGGGCAGUCGGGCAUCGUCGCUUCCGGCCUGCUGAAGAAGCUGAGCGAGACUACGGGGGGGCACCGCGGAAGGUUCCGGGUGGACUUCUACCACGCGGACCGCACGGCAGCGGAAAAGGCUAGGGUGCACCGCGAGUGGAGCGCCGGUCGGAUACACCUCAUCUGCGCCACCAUUGCCUUCGGCAUGGGUAUCAACAAGCCCGAUGUCCGUUACGUCAUCCACCACUCCAUGCCCAAGACCCUGACCCACUUCUACCAGGAGUCCGGCCGGGCUGGGCGGGACGGCCUGGACUCGAAGUGCAUCGUCUUCUUCGCCUACCGUGACAAGGCCCGCUUAGAGGUAUAG